CCAAAAAUUCAAAACCGCGACACUUCAUCGAGAAAAUGAGCAGCUUCUCUCGGGUGACGAAAUUCAAAAGAUUUUUCGUUGCCUCUGUGUUCCUUGUGAGUAUCUACGCCUUCGCAUCCCACGGCGUCUAUAAAGCUGAGAGGCCAAUCAACAGAAUGCUGCGAAGUUCGACACCAUUCCAGGAAGUCCAAGACCACACACCAAAAACAAAUACAGAAGAAUAUACCAUGAGGAGUCCUCUGUCUAGGAAUAGUAAAGGAAGCGUCUCUUGUUCCCACGAAAGCAAGAGUGGUGAUUCUACUCUCCUCAGGCUGAAUAAUUUCUUUAGAAAUGAGACUGAGUGGAAGGCAGAGGGGGCUUUUAACAUCUUCCUGAUAGAGACAUCUUGCGACUCGAAACCCAACUACCGGUUCUGGUGCAGUGUGGAGAGUAUGGCCCAACAGAACCCUAAAGGAAUAGUAUGGUACGUAAUGACCUCCCCAGUCGUCGACCUCAGCGAUGGGCUGGUGAAGCAGCUCCUCCAGAAGUACAAGAACUUGAGACUCGUCACAGUGGACCUGGACGACGUUUUCGAGGGAACACCUUUGGAAGAAUUAUACAGGUCGGGCGCCUGGCACUCCAAUGCAACGAAAUGGCCGGCAGCUAAUUUGAGCAACAUGAUGCGCAAGGCUAUGGUUUGGCAUGCCGGAGGAUUCUACAGCGAUCUGGACGUGAUCUGCAUAUCCCCCGUGACUGAACUGAGGAACGUGAUAGGAUUGGCUGAAUUCAAUCUCGUCAACGGCGCGAACUUCCACUUCGACCGACAUCAUCCUAUGUUGGAGAAAUUCAUGGUCUAUCUGAAUGAACACUUCAACCCAACUGUGUGGGGUAUGAACGGCCCUCGAACAGUCUCAGCAGUAUUAAGAUCCGUCUGUAAAGAGAACGUACUUCACCAAGGCCUUCAGUGUGAUGGUACCAAAAUCCUGCCCCACGCAGCAUUCAGCCCGAUCCAGCCUCAUCUGAAUCCCAUGUUUUUUCAGAAGACAGCAAUAAAAGACAUGCAUGAGAGAUUUCCAGGUUCCUACGUAAUUCACGUCUGGAACAGAAUAUCCCGCGUCUUGCCUGUUAUCAAGGAUUACGGCACAAUAUACGACGAAGCUUCAAAGAGAUUCUGUCCUUUAAGCAGGGAGUUAGCUACAAAGAAAUCGAAAAUCUACUGAAGUGAGGCAAAAUCGAGCGAGUUGCAGUCUUGUAAAAACUACAAGUAUCGGUGCGUGCACACAGAUCUGAGGAAGUACAUACAUAAUGAUCAGAAACUAUGAACAUUAUGUCUGUAUGCUUAUUCGCCCAUGAACA